UUUUAUUAGUACAUUUUUUUUCCUGUUUGAAUGCUCUUUGCGCGCGCUUGUGUGUGUUUUUCUGUGGCGCGCGGCCCCUGAAUGCGAACGGGUUUUCGGUUUUCUGUGAAGCCUUAUGGAUCGCAUUCGCGAGGCUGGCCCCAGGCCCCAGACCCAAUAAAAGCGACACAAGGCUGGCUUUUCCUUAAUGCCAAAGCCUCCGCCUGUAAAUGCCAAAGAGACCCGUUGUUCUUCAGGCUUGAUUCAAUCGAUUUUUCCAUUGAAACGCUGCUGCUGCUGCUGUUGCUGCUGUAAGCGCGAGUGUGUGUGUGUGCGUGGGUCCUGCGAGGACUCUAUACAAAUAAACCAUUUGGUUAGGUAAAACGAAACGAAACAAUAGGCCCCGGAGGAAGCCGCAGCAGGAACUCGACUCGUCCUUCUUCCCGUCCUUUCCAGCUGCUGCAGCUGUUGUCGCGCGCGUAUUCGUGUGUGUGUUUUUGUUUUUGCGUACGUGUGAGCACUGGAACGAUCAUUCCCGUGCCUGUGCAGAAGUGUGUGUGAGUGCAGAAAAUUUGAGCAAAUUCCGUCCGCGAAUCCGCAAUUUCUGCACCAACGGAGCCACGCGCAAGAGAGAGAGAGAGAGAGGAGAAGGGGACGCAAGCGACACAGGCCAUAGAAUCGAAAGAGAAUGCUCUGGGAGGCCCUCUGACAUUUUCAUCAUCUUCUUCAUAAUCCUCCCCUCCGGAGGAACAGCGCUGCUCCCGUCUCCACUCUAAUCGACAAUCGACUCUACUCCCUCUGUUGCUGCCACAUCGCUGCUGCCUCACUGCCGCCUCACUGCUGCUGUCGCUGCUUCUGCUGCUCUGUGGUGGGCGAGUGAACGACCAUGUCUGCCACGCUCUUCGACAUGGCGGCGCAACCGGAGGAACAGCAACAGCAACUGCAACAGCAACAGCAACAGCAACAGUCUCUCCUGUCGACUCUCGAGGAGCAGCAACUGGUGGCCGGACUGGCCUGUCUGGAACUGAGCGAAGGGAUCACAGCGACCAGCAACUGCGAUGGCAGCGACAGCGGCCUGGACGUGGCCAGCAGCUGUUGCCUCUCCCGGGUGACGCUGCAGCGCGGCCUCAGCAGCACCAGCGGGGGCUACACCAGCAGCAAUGGCCUGGAGGACAUCUACGACAGCUGCGAGCUGAAGGUGGUCACCAGCGGCACAGUGGAUCUGGCUCCCAGCGAGACUGGCAGCGAGAAGGAGUCGCCUCCGAGGCGCACGAGCACCACCAGCGCCGUGAAGAAGAAGGUGGCCCUGUUCGAACCGGAACAGAAUGCAGAGAACGCCACCCCGAGGGCACAGCCCCUGGAGCAGCUGCGUGGCCGAGUGGCCAACCUAAAGCGGGCCGUGAGCUUGCCCAGAAACAGUGCGGCACCUCCGUCCCCGGCCACGCCGUCAGCCGGUAGCCGCGAAAAGGCACGGCUCUCGUCCUCCUCCUUUCGGGUGCCGACCACGCCCACGGCCACACCCACGUCCACGUCCGCGUCUACGCGACUGGCGCGCCCUCAGAAACCCGAUACGCUGCCCAGCGCCCUCAAUCGGGCCCAGUCCGUGCAGCGCCUGGCCCAGGUUCAGAGAACCCCAUCCCUCAGUCGGGCACGGACGCCAGGAACCCCCUCCGACGAUGGUCGCUGGCCAGCUAAUCGGGGGGCAGGAGGAGCCCGUCGCGGAAUGUCAGUGACCCCGGAAGUGAAUGUCAGUCGCAUGAGGGGCAGUCCGGCACCAGGGGGAACCCUGCCCCGCCGUCGCAAGCAGCAGUCCGUGGAGGAUCUGACGGGCGGACGGCUCUCGAGGAGCAACUCGAUCAGUCGAGCCGCCGCCGCCGCUGUGGAUGCCAGGAUGACGUCCUCGGUGAUGGUGGUGCCCACGAGCAGGCGGAGCUUGGCUCCGGCCACCGCCAAAGUGAACUCCCUGCGGCGUCCCCUGCAGGCGGUGCAGGGCAGGACGAAGAUCUAUCACGAGACGGCAGUGCAGACGGCGCUGACCAGCGAGGACCUGGAGCAGGUCCUGGGCGGGGGUCUACUGCAGACGCGAGCUCUGGACGCAGUGGAGCAGAGGGAUCAAAGUAGCCAGGCGGAGCCAGACCAGCGGGACUUUGAGCUGGAGCAACUGCGACAAGAAGUGCGCCAGCUGAGCGGGAAACUGCAGCGGGAGCGGGAGGAGAAGCUGGCCAUGCAGCAGGAGCUGCACCUGAACACGGAGCGGGUCAUGGGGAUGCUGGAGCUGGCCCGCGUGGUCAGCGCCAGCGCUGGGACGCCCACAUCUGAGGAGAGCAACGACGGAGGCGGCCACGACAGCCUCCUCAUGCUGGAGUCGCAGAUCCAGAUGAGCGGACACGAGCUGUUCGAGCGCCAGCAGGAGAUUGGCCAGCUGCGGGCCAUGUGCCGCACUCUCCAGUUGGAGAUGCGCCGAUCACUGGCCACGCAGCAGCUGCUGCUCCAGGAGAAGACAGCCAUCGAGCUGGAGUCCAGCGAGCUGCAGGACUUCCUGCAGCACGAGAAGGCCGCCCAGUGCGACGCCCUGCGAGAGCUCGAGGGGGAGCACCAGGCGGCUAGGGCACAGCUGGCCCAUCGCGAGGAGGAGGCCAAAGUGCUGCGCGACGAGUGCCGGCACCUGGUGCGGCUGAAUGAGCAGAGGCGCCAGGAGAACCGGCUGCUGCAGACCAAGUACGCGGCCCUGGAGACCAGGUCGCGGGAGCUGAUCCACCAGCAGAAUGCCUCGGUGGCCGGCGCCUCCACAGCCCUCUCCGGACUGCACUCCCGGCUGGAUGGACUCGUGGAGCAGCUGGUCUACUCCUACAGUAUUUCCGAGCAGGAUUUGGAGGACAUCCGCUUUCAAGCAGAAUCCGAACAGGUCCAUAAUGGCGUUAGGCCCAAUGGACUGGACCUCCAGCUCUGUCCGGCCACUGCUGGCGAGGCCAUGCACACGCUUGUCCUAGCCAGCGAUGGCUCCCUGUCGCCGCAGCGCAACCAAUCCUUCAUAGCAGCCGUCAUCGGUGCCAUUCGCCAGGCCACCACACACUCUGGCAAGCGUCUCUCGCUGCGUCAGGCGGGAAAGCGCAAUGGAGGAGCAGGAUCAGGAGCAGGCGGCGGAGGAGGAGGAGGUUCCACUCAAAACGGGUCGGGAACAGCCACAGCAACAACGGGCCAUGAGCAGCCAGGAGAAGACUCCGACUCGACGGAAAUGCUGGACUCUGAGACGGAACCCUGCCUGCUAAUGAUGGACAAUGUGUUGGAGGAUGUGGUCCAUCCGGACUCUCACUCACACAACAUGGUCUCCUCCUGCACGGGAAUGAUCUCCCAGAUCGAGCUGCCCACAGAGAUGAUCAGUCACCAGAACGGAGGCGACGACUCGCUGCAGCAGCUGUCGCAGGCCAUCACCAAUCGCCAGCAAAUGGAGCUGCACAUGCACAAGAUCAGUGCACUUUCCAUGAAUCCACGCGAUCAAUGCAACACAGAGGAGCUGAGCUGCCACGACUCGCUCGCAGAGCUGCCGUCUCUGAUGGAGUACAGCACGGCCCAGGCAGUGGUGGAUCAGGUGAUCGAGGUGGACACGCUGGUCACCAAGCUGCUCAAGGUCCUGAGACUUGUUCAGCUGGACAACGACAAUUGCAUCCAGCAACUGAUUGUGGACAAGAACAAACUACAACAGCAUAAGGAGGACAUGCUGGAGAAACUAAAAGACUUGGAGGACGUCAAUCUGAAGCUGCAGGACGAACUCAUGGAUGCCACACAGGAGCUGAUGAUCAAGGGGAGUGACCUCAGCGGGGCCAAGGCCGAGAUGCAGCGCCACCGCAACGAGAUCGACCGCCUCAACGAAGACAUCUGCACGCUGAGCACCCUCUGCAGCAGCUACAAGAAGCUGUCGCCCACCACAGAGUUUCCGCCCAUGCGCCUGCUCUCGCCCCCCAGCCAGGACACCGAGCAGGGCGAUGUGGCGGGUAUCCUCAAUCUCCUAAAGAUGUGGCAGGCCGGCGGUCAGCUGCAGGAUCCACGCCUCAGUGGGUAUCUGCAAACGCUGUGUGGCAGCCAGGUCCCGAGUCUGCCGCAGGACAACAACAAUGUGGAGCGCCUGAGGAUCUACGCCAACCAACUGGAGCACGUCUCGCGAGUCCUGGGGGAUGGCCUGCCCUUGGAGCUGCACACGCCCCUCCAGCAGCUGCGGCAGGACAUGGAGACCGUCAGGCUAAACGCCAACUGGACGCAGCUGCUGGAUCUAAACGAACCUGACCACAAUGCCAAUGGGGAUGUGGACUUGGCCUCAUCGUCGCAGUUGCCUUGAAUCGUGUCAAAUUGUUGUUAAUUCUCUAGUUAACUAUUAGUACUAUUGAAAGUUGUUUAAUAGAUAGUUACAAAUGUUUGCGUCCAGCUCUCGUCUGUAAUGCGGAUGGAAGUCACCAAACUCCAAACUCCAAGCAAAACUGUAGUUCUAAAUGUUUUAGCCCCUCCAAAGGUGGAACUAUUUUAAGAAAACAAAUAUUGUCUUACAAGCUGCUGCAGCAGUGCCAUAUGUAGCAUUUUUGCUGAAGGAAUCAGUUCCUUAAUCCAGUCCUGGCGUCUCAUUGAAAGUAUUAGAGGCAUUCCUGCAAGGAAUGCAUUAAACCUUGUUCCCAAGCCCAAUUUUCAAUUUUAAGCUAUAGUCGAUUUUAGUUCGAUUGAAAACAGUUUCGUUUGCAUUUCUAGUAACAAGAUACACAGACAAAAAAGAUGUUUUAUCAAUUCUGUUUUAUCCGAUAGCAACGAUAGGUAUUGCCACAGUUUAUAAGUGUGUCAAAGUCACAAAUUAACUCAAAAAGACGCGUCCAUUUUCCACUGCGAAUAUUAGCAGCAGAUAUUAAGAACUCCCUACCAUUACGGCCGUAGCUCUGAUUGUAUGUAGAUAAAUCUGCGUUAGCAUUGGGCGUGGAAAGGUGAAACUCUCGAUCCGACUUUGAAAGCAAGCUGUUUGUUUAAUACACGUACAAUAAAUAAGCAUAAACUAAA